AUGGCUUCACUGGUUCACCUGCCGGAAAUUGAGCGCCUUAGUCCUGCUUGUAUCCGUAUUCUAGGCGGCAACCCGAGCAAGUUCACGCUUCAGGGCACCAACACAUAUCUACUUGGGACCGGGCCUAAUAGGUUAUUGAUUGAUACUGGAGAGGGCAAGCCUUCAUGGAUUGCCGCCUUGAAACGAACUCUAGAUGAGGAGAAAGCCGCAGUACAAAAAGCCCUGAUUACUCAUUGGCAUCAUGAUCAUACUGGCGGUAUUAGUCAACUCCUGGAGUAUUCACCUCAAACAGUAAUCUACAAAAGCUCACCGGCAGAAGGCCAAUCAAAUAUCUCAGAAGGGCAGAAAUUCGAGGUUGAGGGGGUCACCUUGACAGCCUUUCAUACGCCAGGCCACACCACAGAUCAUAUAGCCUUCGUUUUGCAAGAGGAAGACGCGCUGUUCACGGGUGAUAAUGUCUUGGGUCAGGGCACAGCCGUAUUCGAGGACCUUGGCACCUAUCUCAAAAGCCUUGCGAAGAUGGAGAAGCUGGUGUCUGGUCGAGGAUACCCAGGACAUGGCCCUGUGUUACCACAGGCCAGCACCAUUAUCGCCGAGUACAUUUCCCAUAGAUAUCAGAGAGAACAGCAAGUACUACAAACCUUGGGUUCUACUCAAGAUAACGAGUCGUGGACUCCUAUGGAACUAGUGAGAAUCAUAUAUCGCGACGUUCCGGAAAGUCUUCAUAUACCGGCCGCAAAUGGGGUGGUCCAGAUCCUACGGAAGCUCCGGGACGAAGAUAGAGUUGUACUAGAGGAUGGGGAUUCGUGGCGUCUUAAAGACCGAUCAAGUUUAUGA